AUUCUCUCUCUUCACGCACACGCAGCAGCAGACGGGACGCAACCCAAGUAGUACGCAAGCCGAACAGAUUUUCCCCAUUUCCCUGCUCUCCUCGCCCUCCCCACGAAAUUCCCUGCUUGAUCACGCCGAUUUCAGCUGUUUGCAACACUUCCUCUUGUUCGAUUUUUAUUAACUCGUCGACUCCACCUCACCGAGGUCAAAUCUUUGGCAUCGGAUUCUGUUCUGUGCUGCCUUUUGGUUUCGGCGCCGAAUUCAGUUCCGAUUCCGAACAGUUAGCAGCUUUAAGCGGCUUUCAGUUCGAGCGCGUCGGAGGCAUCCCUGAUUCCGGCGAUGUCGUUGCCCGCGAUUUCCAUGUACACCAGUCCGCCGGGCGCGGUCUACUCUUCGGAGUUCGACCCAGCCUCCCGUGGCUCGUCGCCUUGCACCACCGCUGCGCCCCCGCCGCCGGCCGCCUCGUACCGCUUGCCCUCCGGCGGCGGCGGCCUGUCUUGCCUCUUCUCCUCGCCGGCAGCUGCGGCCGCGCCGCCCCGCGCCCCGGCUCACGACGACCUCGGUGCGCUGUGGCACAACAGAUCCGACGACCUGAGCGUCCCCGCCGACGGGGGCGGGUACUCCUACUCGCACUCCCACUCGUCUUCGCAGCUAAAGCGGAGGGACCUGCAUCACCACCACCACAGCCCCGUGUCGGUGUUCCAGGGGCCGUCCACCUCUUCACCAUCCCGGAGCCCACCGGCUUCUUGGCUCGCCGCCCGCGACCGCGACCGCCUCUUCGCUGGCUUCGUGCGCAACGCUCUCGGUUCCUGCGUUGACUACGCGCCGCCCACCAGCCCUCGCCCGGAGGUCGGCGCCAGCGAGCUCGCGUUCGAGCUCGACGAGAACCUCGCGGAGGCUAGCCCUGCCUGCGAGCCAUACGCCCAAGAGCUGCUCGCGAGUGCCCAGGAUCGCCACCGCAUCUUCCACGAGGAGCUGGUCGUGAAGGCCUUCUUGGAGGCCGAGAAGGCUCACCGUGGCCAGACGCGCGCGAGUGGUGACCCCUACUUGCAACAUUGUGUGGAGACUGCUGUGCUACUUGCCAAGGUCGGCGCAAAUGCAACGGUUGUCUCUGCUGGGCUUCUGCAUGACACCAUUGAUGAUUCAUUCAUUGACUAUGACCACAUCUUCCAUAUGUUUGGUGCUGGGGUUGCCGAUCUCGUCGAAGGGGUAUCCAAGUUGAGCCACCUCAGCAAACUUGCUCGUGACAACAACACGGCAAGCAGGACAGUUGAAGCAGAUCGCUUGCAUACGAUGCUCCUCGCAAUGGCGGAUGCACGCGCUGUUCUAAUAAAGCUUGCGGAUCGGCUGCAUAACAUGGAGACCUUAAAAGCUUUGCCUUGUGCCAAACAAGAAAGAUUCGCCAAGGAAACAAUGGAGAUUUUCGUGCCUCUAGCUAACCGGCUAGGGGUUGCUAGCUGGAAAGACCAGCUGGAGAAUCUCUGUUUCAAGUAUCUGAAUCCGGAAGAGCACGAGGAGUUGUCGUCCAAACUUAGGGAAUCCUUCGACGAAGAACUGAUCACAUCUGCCGUGGAUAAACUGGAUAAAGGCCUGAGGGAUGCUGGUGUCUCGUACCACAGUCUUUCUGGGAGGCACAAGAGCCUAUACAGCAUCCAUUGCAAGAUGCUAAAGAAGAACUUGACGAUGGAAGAGAUCCACGAUAUACACGGGCUGCGUCUUUUGGUUGAGAGCGAAGAAGAUUGCUACGAAGCCCUUUGCGUCGUCCACAGACUGUGGCCUCGAGUCACCGGUCGAUUCAAGGAUUACAUAUCACGUCCGAAACUAAAUGGGUAUCGGUCGCUGCACACUGUCGUCAUGAGCGAAGGCGUCCACCCGUUCGAGGUCCAGAUCCGCACGAGGGAGAUGCAUCUGCAGGCCGAGUACGGGUUCGCGGCGCACUGGAGGUACAAGGAGGGCACCUGCAGGCACUCGUUCGUGCUCCGGAUGGUGGAGUGGGCAAGGUGGGUGCUCACAUGGCAGUGCGAGGCGAUGGACAGAGAACGGACUGCCUCCCUUGGCAGUGAUGACGGUACUGUGAGCGUGAGGCCACCACCAGCAUGCCCGUUCCCCCAGCAUGCAGAGGACUGCCCAUACUCGUACACCCGCCAAUGCAACCAUGAUGGACCGCUGUUCGUCAUCCUCUUGGAGCAUGGCAAGAUGUCUGUCCAAGAAUUCCCGGCGAACUUGACGGUGAUGGAUCUCAUGGACCGCGUGGGCGCCAACAGCUCGAGAUGGAGCCCCUACAGCAUUCCGAUGAAGGAGGACCUGCGGCCGAGGGUGAACGGCGAGCCCAUAUGCGACCCAGACCGGAGGCUCAACAUGGGGGACGUGGUGGAGCUGACGCCGGCCCUGCCUCGAAAGUCCCUCAGCGGGUACCGGGAAGAGAUCCAGCGCAUGUACGAUCGCGGCGGCUUCGCGCUCUCAGCCCGGGGCGGCGGCGGCGGCGGCGGCGGCGCCAGACGCUGCUGAGAGACAGUAGCAAGACGACGAUGCGUAGCCCUUUUUUUUUCUAGUACCAUUGUACCAUUCAAUUCGUUGUAAAUACGUAGUAUAGCAGGUAGGUAGGCCUUGCAGCCGGGGUGGGUGGGUUCUGAAAUCUGUUGCACCCUGUCCUGAACCCCAUGCAGUGUGUAAAAAGUAGAACGCUGUGUAUGUAAGCUGUUCAAGUUCGUCUCAGCUUCUAUCUCAGGCCCUGUUUGAAUUACAAGGACUAAUUAUUAGCCACUAAAGUUUAGUUCAUUUUAGUUUA